CACGGCAAUAUGAUGGUGGACUUGCGACCCGGGGUUCGAAAGUGGAAAGUGCGAGUAGUAGUUUUCUCGCAGCAGAACACGAAUGUGCAGGAGCAGGAUCUCCUAAAGGUGUUUACACAAAUAACAGAGGAAAGCACAAAGACAAGUUAGCAGAAGAACAAGGCAGCUCGUUUCCGCCCAUAAAGAAUAGUGCAUCAAGUAGACGAGACCCGAACGCUUCAUCGACCACACCUACUGACAAGACACAAGUUGUAGAGGUACCGUUACGCGGAGGGCAAGUAAAUAUGGCUG